AGGAGGAGGAGGAGGAGGAGGAGGAGGAGGAGAGACUCCAUCUCACCACCCUGACCACGCUCAGAAGGUCGAGCUCGGGCUGCGAUGUACAGACUGAAUCCUGACUGCUGGGCUCGGUCGCCCAGACCUCACCUGUGUCGCCUUCCUCAGCCCUCGGGGAACCCUGCUUCAGGCAUGCUGAGACACCAGGAGGAAGAGGAGGAGGAGGAGGAAGGAGAGGGAGGAGAGGGAGGAGAGCAUCCUGCUGUUUGCUGCUACACCACAGGUGACGUCAUCCUUGAGGCAGCCGAUGCUCGGUGGUCCGUCUCUGAACACAGCCUCCACUCAGGGAUCCCCAGCAGCUCUGGCCUGGCUGGACGAGGUCCUGGUGCUCCCCCCUCAGAGCAGCCGAUAACAGUGAUUGAUUGUGAUCAGGGAGGCUUAUCCCGGCAGGUCAUUGGUGGUCGCUGGAUGGAGACCCGAGGAUGUGUGUGUGUUUAUGGGCAGAGGGAACCAGAGGGUUUGGGUCCCUGCUGGCCUGGAUCUCCAUACGUUUACUACGGAUUGAGGAGGAACCUGGUGGUCGGAGUGGAGGUGGUGGAGGAGGUUGCUGUUGAAGACACUCUAGAAGUAAUAACAGAGGACAUAUACACAGAUGAUCUGCUGGACCCUGAGCAGCUGCAAGACAACCAUCUGUACCCCACAUGAACCCUGCGUGACUCUGUGAACACUCUCAACAAAGAUAUUAUUCACAUACUUGUCCGAUUUGUGUAUUUUAUAUGUUUAACCUAUGAUUGUUACUAUGUGUGUCUUUGAUAUGCUGUCUUUUGUAAAUUAAAAAAAACCAACAUUCUAAAUGUGAUUAAUAAGAUUCACAAAAGAAAAACAAAAAUAAAAAAUCAUUUGAUUAAUUGUUUUAAUGCUAAAUUAUAAGAUUUAAGAUGACAACUACAACUACCAGCAUGCAUCGCUUCUGUUCUACCGCCAACGGCGGGCGUACGUCAUCGCCUCGCGCGGAAUAUGGCAGCAGUGAGUGCAGUGAAAAUAAACGCUGAUGAAUUCUUGUCAAAAAUCUUCGUUGUUUUGGGUUUAAAACCGUAAAAUGUCGGACUCGUUGGAAACCAAGACUCUCCAGGAUCGACUGGACCGUCUGCAGGAGCUGACAGAGUUUACAGAAAACUGUAAGAAACAGCUAAACGACAUUUUUGAAUCGCUGGGAUGGUCGCCGGACUACAAACAGGAAGCAGUGGAGCAGUGUCCCUACGACCCCGACCACAUAGUCCCAGUGAGGAGCAUGGAGAAACACAAAGCCUCCUGCCGCCUCAGAAAGAUGGGCUACUCAGCGGAGGAGCAGGCGGAGAUGAAUGACCCCUCUGUGUGUUAUGAGAACACCAGCGUCAGAAGUUUUAUAAUGGAUAAAUCCACUCAGCACCAGGUGAUCCUGCAGGCGAGAUCUGCUGCACCACUGAUGAGGAUGGAGGGAGUCUUCUGGCAAGGUCAGUACUCUGGCCAGCCUGUCGACGUGCCUCAGAACCAUAAGCGAACUUUGUGUGACCUCACUGUCGCCGACCGCUUGGCUCUGUACGAUCAUGUGGUCGGCGUCCUCGGACAGCAGAGGGACGCUGCGUCGACCAGCAACGAAGAUCUCUACGUAGAUUUAGUGUCCAAACUUCAGAAGGAUGACAAACAGAACGAACCAAAGACUCAUCUGGAGCUGAUGGCAGAGAUGAGGGACUACAAGAGGCGGCGUCAGUCCUAUCGAGCCAAGAACGUUCACAUCACCAAGAAGUCCUACACCGAGGUGAUCAGAGAGGUGAUCAACGUCCACUCAGACGAGCUCGCCAGACAGUGGAGAGAGGAAGAGAACGAGGAGGAGUCGACACGAUCUGAACACUCCUCCCACAGGCGUCGGUUGGAUGAAAGGAGAUCAGCGUCCUCAGAGUCUCACCACUCCCACAGCAGAGGCCAUCGCAGCCGAGAGCGAAGCCAAGACAGAGAGAGCAAGAAGAAGAGAAAGAAGAGGGAGAGGGAUUCCCGAUCCCCCAGCGACCACCACCAUGACCGAAAGAAGAAGAAAAAGAAGAGGAAAGAGGAGAAGGAGAAGUGAUUGUCCUGGAUCUGCAACAAUAUAAAUCAGAUCAGAUGAGGUCAAGGGUCAUCAGUACCUCAGCAGGUUAAAACAAAUCAACUGUCACAGCAUUUUAAGGUUUUAAACUUAGGGGAUCAGGAAAAGAUAGAAAUGGGAAUAAAGUUUUGGGAACAAACAGUGUGAACAUUUUGAGCUUUUUGUGCUUCACAGUGUUUUACAGUGAAACUACAUGUCUGCCAGCCUCAAACAGACUCCACCCGCCUCUGUCUGAUUGGCUCAGAGUGAUGUACAAACUACAGACUACUUGGAAUGUGGGACAGGAGUGUCACUGCUGGCACACUUUUACCACUGGGGUCAAAGGUCACUGUGUUUGGAGCCUAAUUUUGAUGUGUGUCUGCAAAUGUUUCCACAGGAUUCCUGCAGUCUUUAGGAAACAAUGGAAGAUCCUUUCUAAUGUCUGUAUUUGUCUUUAGAGAAAUAACACAGAACUGUAUAUUCUUUCAUUCUGUAACAAUUCCCAUUCACAGAAGAGAUAGUCCUGCAGUCUGUAAAUCCAAAGCUACAAGAUCUGAGUUCUAUUUUGACAAUCAACCUGAUUCUUUUACAUUAAAUUUCAUUAGUUUCA